ACAACUUCUUAGUACAAUCACAAACAUUCACGCGUUAACUAAACGAGAUAAACGUCUAAACUUUCAGAUUCAGUCGCAUAUACUUAUGUAAUGAAAAUGUCUGAAGAAGCAGUGGAGGAAAUUUCCGUUCUAUCUGCAAUUUACUGUGAAAAAGACGAAUUUGAGUUAAUUGAGGAAUCAGCUGAAACAGGAAUUGCGUACCGCAUAUGCACGGUAAUAGAAACGGCCGACAAGAAAACGCCAUUAAGUCUCAUCUUCCGACUAUCUCCCGAAUAUCCCCAUACGCUUCCGGAUGUCACCGUUAACUCGAGUGAGCUGUCCAGGAAACGUUGCCAAGAACUGAGGACCAUGAUAUUGAAUAAAGCGCGUACCCUUCCGUGUGAACCCAUGGUCCACGCUCUGGUGACUUGGAUUCGGCAGAACUCCUCUGUUGUGAUUGCAACCUCACCCUGCCUCGACGGCCGAUAUACAUCAAACAGCCAUUCGGAGGGAACUUGGGUAGUGUUGCUUCAUUUAGAUCACAUGAGAUCCAGAGCAAAGUACAUCAAACUGAUUGAAAAGUGGACUUUAGAGCUGGGUCUCACUGGAAGACUCUUCGUGGGAAAGCCCAUUUUGAUUCUGCUGCAAGGGGCAAAAGAAAGCAUUAAGGAAUAUAUCCAGCUACAGAGGACAGUGAAAGUUGAUGUUGACUCAUCAGGGAAACGGUGCAAGGAGAGGAUGAUGAGCGUUUUGUGUGAAAUGCCUCUUCCAGAAGAUUUCCAUAAGUUGUCAUCUUUUGAAAUUAAAGAACCAUUAUCUUUAGAGGACCUCAAAAAGGAGUUCGAUAUAGCUGGAUCCUUGAAGCUUUACCAAGAGUUUGUUCCCUCAUUGCUGUAAAUUGAUUUGGUGCAUUCAUUGCUUCUAAUUUGUUAAACAAUUGAUUCAUUUACCCAUUUCCAGUGGGUAGUGCCUGAGUCUUCUUUUAAAUGGAAGUCAUUGUAGGAUAAAGUCUUAAGAAAAAAUGGGCAGAAUUGGGCACUCAGUCUGAACUGCUUGUCCCUAAGGGCUUAAAUACUUCAGAAAAAUGAUUGAAAGACAUUUUCCAAUUGUACCACUUUUAAAAAUGUAAUUUGUGCUGCAUAGAAUUUGGCACAGCAUAUAGGUUGUAACAGAAACGCCUUGUAGCCUGUAUGAAUCUGUCAGUGGCUCACAUCUAGGACAAUCGCUGUUUUGUUUUACUUUCAGAAAUCCAGGAUGGAGUGUCCAAAUACUUCAGUUGAGAAUGUCUUGAGUGUUUAGUUGGGAUGCUGUACUUUUUCUCUCACCACCCUGUACUUCAGACAUGUCUCCCCUGUAACAAUCUGAACAGGCUGCUCUGGCUCGUAUACCUUAUGGCACGGGGAUUUGUAUAAAAUUACAUUUUGAAAAUCCUGAUUAACAAAGCAUAAUGAAAAUCACCUCGUUACCCUUUGCUGCUGCCUGUCGGAACAAUAAAUUCACCUCGCGUGACCUUUUCCCGGACACGUUCCUCCCAAACAACAUGGCUUAAAUGUCAUCUACGUAGUGGCAUUUGCUUGUAUAAAAUGGCUCUUCGAUCUGGCGCAGGAACAAGCCAGUGUCCCAUGGAGGGAGCGGAGAGAGGCAUAUGGCCAUUGGAAUGCUUUAGAUCCACCCAGGGCAAGGAAGUAGUAGGGUGAAUCGAGCUCAAAAUGCAUGGACUGCGUGACAUUUUAACUGCGCAAACAAUCUGAAGUUUGCAAUCUGAAUUUAGAGCCUCUUUAAAGUAGCUAUGGCAAAGACGCAGUGCCGUACACCAUUGCGUCCGUGUGGUCACAGCCUAUCUUCUCCUUCACAUAGGAGCAAUCACAUCGUUUCCAAUCUCCUGUUAUGUUCGCUUCUCCCAGUCUGGGAGACUGUCCCAGACAAACUGUUCCUGCACCGUGUUUGCAAGAUUGUAUGUUUUGUGUGUGUCUUCAAAAGCAAUGCUCCCAAGAUAAAUGUAAUGUAAAUAUAAGGAUUUUAGAGGAGUGCAUUGUAAUUGCUUCUCUAUGCAAAACAAGUUUGCUGCUUCUUUUCCGAUUCAUACUGAUUCAUAACACUUUUGUGUUUGUUUUUGCACGUGAUUAUAGUUUACCACAGUUUACAUUCAGACUUCUGUCUUAAAAAAAUAUCCCUUUAAAAGUGUUUUACAUGGUUAUGAGAAAUUGA